GCCAACUCCUAGUAACUGAUAGAGUGAUCCACCCGCCGAGUGUGAAAUGUACCGCAUCAGCAUGGUCGGCCGACCUCCUCUGGGAGUGGGAAAAGGAGGCGUAGAACUCCCAGACGAGCUCCUGGUAGGUCGGCUCGGCGAGGCAGAGAAGGCGCCGCCAACCAUAGGCGCGAACAUCGGCCUCCAUCUGUGGCCGGGCAUGAAGCGCCUCGAACACCCCAAAGUCGAGAUUCAGGUGCUCGGCGAUAUGGCGGGUACGGAUGGUCCGCAGCAGGUGGCGUUAUGUGAUGCUCAAUUGGUCGAGGUAGGCCUCCAUGGUCCUGCAAAGAAAAAGGAUGUACAAAUGGAACACAAGCGAACAGGGUCAAUGUUAGCCGAAAAGCACACCGGGAGCCCUCACAUCGAAAGAUAUGGACUAGGCUACCGGUGAAACAAGCAUACCAAUCACAACUAGAAUCACACAAACAAACACACCGGGGGCCCUCAAAUAAAGCGAUUUGGGCAGUGGACAAGGCCCCCGGUGGAACAACACAUAAUCCUAUCCCAAAUAUCCACUAAUCGAUCAUUUAUCACACAUAGGCCACACAAGCACGCAUACAAUGGCAACAUGCAAAUGAUAUGCCGAGGAACUGAAAUCUCGAGACAAAAAUAUAAUAAGCAUAGAGCGCCAUCGGCCUACCAAAUCAUUCUCAAAGCAGGCCAUAAUCCCAAAUUCUUCACCUAACUCUAGGUAUCAAUUCUCCAAAAAUAAAAUAAGAACCAUGAAAACACACCUGGAGACGCAAGAAGAUACCACAAGGCUGGUGAAGAAAAGGGAAGAAAACACUCCAAAGUCGCCGGAAAACCCACUGGAGACUCGCCGGAGAACUCGCCGCCGGCGACCCAACCGUCGCCAAACAAACCCAAACUUCUGGGAAAUGUGCUCCCCGUCGCCAGGAGCGUAGGGGUGGUCGCGGUUUGUGAUUUGGAGGUCAGGAGAAGAAGUUGUGGCCGAAAAACCACCAAAGAAGAUGGAGGGGCCGAAUUUCCAGCGAGGGAGGCAGUUAGGAUUUGAAAAAAAUGAGGUUUGAAGG